CUCAUCAGUGAUGGCAGUGUGGUGUAUGCAGAGGGGCUCUGGGACCAUGUUACCAUGGAUGACCAGGAGUUAGGUUUCAAGGCCGGUGAUGUCAUUGAAGUAGUGGAUGCAACUAACAAGGAGUGGUGGUGGGGUCGCAUCAUGGACAGUGAGGGCUGGUUCCCUGCCAGCUUUGUACGGUUGCGUGUGAACCAGGACGAACCCAUGGACGAGUAUCUGGCCCACCUAGAGGAGGCUCAGGCUGGAGAAGAGGACCGGGCAAGUCUGGGCCUGUUGCUGGGACCUGGUUUACCCUGCAAAGAGCAGAUGAGAACAAAUGUCAUCAAUGAGAUUAUGAGCACAGAGAGAGACUACAUCAAGCACCUGAAAGACAUCUGUGAGGUUUGCAUUGAAAUUGAUUG